AUGGAUGCCAGUCUGGAAACAGAACAAGACAACAUUGCUGGUGAUCACAAGUCAGCCGCAGAGGCCUCCACGGGAGGGGCGCUGGACCCCAGCUUAUGGCAGGACUUUGGCUCUGCUUUCCACACUGCCUUCUCCCUUCUCGGUGGGAAUGAGGACACGCCAAUGGACAUGGCAGAUCCCCUGCCAGGCCCUGAUGAUACUUGCGCAGUGGAUUUUAGUGAAACCCUUAGCUCAGCCGGGGCCGAGCUACCCGAGAUGGGAGCAGACGGUUCUGACAGUGUGGAAGGGGCUGAGGAUCCUGACCCCCCUGAGUCUUCUCUCGUGGGCGUGGCGGGGGAUGAAAACCAGGAAGUGCUUAUGAUCUCCAGUCAAGAAGAUGACAGCGACAACUUGACUCUCCUGCAGCUGAAGGAACAGCUGACAUCCAAAGGCCGAACCGGCCGUGGAGGGAGAGGGAAGGCCCGUGGGAAAGGCCAAUAUGACGAUCCAGAGGACGGGAGAGUUGAUGAGGAGAGGGGCUAUUCGAGUAUUUCCGACAGCGAAGGCUACGACCCCAACGCCCUGUACUGUAUCUGCCGUCAGAAACACAACAAAAGGUUCAUGAUCUGCUGCGAUGGCUGCCAGGAGUGGUUACACGGAGACUGUGUUGGCAUCAGCGAAGCACAGGGUCGUUCCAUGGAGAGGCGAAGAGAAGAGUACAACUGUCCUACCUGCACCAACAAGAAACAAAGAUCACUCCUUGCUGACGUCCCGUCUGAAGAUUUGUCUGAGAGAGCAAUUCCAACAGGCUUGCCGAAUGUUCUCGCAUCUACUGCUUCUGUCGAAACAGUAGUAGAGGUCCCCAAGCAGCAGGAAAGCAAGGGGGCUGCUGAGGUGACGCCGGAGCAGGCCGGGCCAGCGCCUGAGAUUAAGACGGAGACGGGCAGCUCGUUUCCUCUCUGCAUCGGCCCCAGUUGCCCCAAACAGGCCUUGCAAGACUCUGUGUACUGUGGCACUGAUUGUAUCCUCAAGCAUGCAGCAGUCACCAUGAAGUCCCUUACCGAGCCCAAGCCCAGAAGUCGACCGCAGAGAAAAGCUGCCGCCAGGGGUCAGAGGUCGGGUGGGGUGACUCAGAGUGUGGCAGAGCAACUGAAGGAACAUGAAGAGGAGCAGCAAGGUGAUGGGGGUCAGAAAGAGGCAGCGUCUCCCCUCGACUGUCAUUCCAGCCUCAGUGCAGUUGAGGCUGCUCCUGUAGAGGCGUCGCCUGUGUUGUGCAUGGCCUCAAACAAGGGCCCUGAACAUAUGGAGGCAAAAGGGGAAUCUGUACCUUCCGUGCCCCAGGAGCCCAACACCGCCACUUCCUCUUCCAUUCCCGUCACCGCCGACACACCCCUGCCUCAGGGCAGCACCCAGGGCAGCACCCAGGGCAGGACCAAGAAGACACUGACCACUGGCGGUGUCGCCAAGAAACAACGGCUGGGCUCGCCUCAGCACAAGCUCGCCAACCUCAACAAACCCAACGUGACACCAACCCCCGUGGCGCCCAGCCCCUCGUCCUCAAGACCUCUCUUGGUGCCGCCCCUGAGGCUGGCCAAGGGUUCAUUCAUCAUUCCCAAAAAGCAGCAGCAGCAGCAGCAGCAGCAGCAGCCGGCGGCGGCAGCAGCAGCUCCGCCCCCGCCCAGUCAGGGACCCUGCCCUGCGGCGGGCCCUCCGCCCUCCUCUGGCCCGGUGGCCGCCAACGAAACGCGGACUCUGCCUGUCGCACCCGCCCCCAUCGCCCCCUCCUCCCGCCCCUCCCAGACCAACAACCAGGUCAGGCAGAGCAUCCAGCGUUCCCUUACCAGCAUCCUGUUCAAGAGGGUGACCAGUUGUGGAGAGUUGGAUAUGUCAGAGAGUGACGUUGGCAAGCUCGUCACCAGCAUUGAAAUGGAGAUGUUUGACAUCUUCCGCAACACGGACAGCAAGUACAUGAACAAAUACCGAACCAUAAUGUUCAACCUGAAAGAUCCCAAGAACAAGGGUUUGCUGUUCCGGGUCAUACGAGGAGAGAUAAGUCCCUUCAGGCUGGCCCGGAUGAGCCAGAAGGACAUGCAGGCCACCAAGGUUCCUGAACCUAGUGGCAAAGAAACCCAAGAGGUUAAGGAAACGGAUGGCAAAGCACCACAGUGUUCCCUGCAGAAGCCAGAUGCAGUGAAGGUUGACCUGCCUAGUCUGAGUACUCCCAAGUCUGAGAAAACCAUGGAGCAGAAGAGAGGCAUUCCCCUCGCAGCCAGAUCCAGACCAGUCCAGCCUGGGAAAACAAGUUCUGUUCCGGACAUGCUCAGCUGUAUGCUGAAAGACACAACUUCAGAGCACAAGACUCACCUGUUUGACCUUAAAUGCAGGAUAUGUACAGGGCAGAUAACCGAAGAGGACGCUGAACCAGCGCAGAAGAGAUCAAAGGUUUCUGACCCGAGGGACAAGCGUGACUAUGGGCGCACCUCAUACAGCAAACCCCCAGAGAACCCCUGGAGAAGCUGUGCUGGAGACGAAUCCCCUCUGCGGGCCCCACCCGACUCCCCUGACAUGGACUCCCCUACCAACCCCCUGCUGGACCCCUCAUCCCGCCUCGUUAUCGACUCUCCAGAGCUCUCCAUCGUUGAGUCUCCUGCCUCCCCGGUCAUGGAGUCUCCGGCCUUGCAUGUCCUAGAGUCCCCAGCUUCGCCCGUCAUGGAUUCCCCCGCGUCCCCGACUGCGGAUGGCUUCAAGGCGAAGCCCCCCACCAGAGCCUACUCACCUGUCGUCAUUCCAGCCGUCUCCGUCGUGACCAUCAACAGGCGUGACCCCCGCACGGCUGCCAACAGGUCCUCAGCCCUUUCCAGCGGACCAGCCGUUCCAAGUCGCCCAGCUCAGAACCAGAUGGCACCCUACGCCGCUCUGAGAGUGGCUAGCUCUGAGAGGACUAUGCCACCAGCCAUGCCACUUCCCCCGCCACCGAUGCCCAGGUCUAUCCUGACGAAGCCCUCUCCAUCUGCCGAUCUCAGGCUCUAUCAAACGUCUGCAAGGAACAUGCACUCCCAUUCAACUGCUGAUGGUGAAACGACUCAGUUUCUGGCCAAACAGACAAUCUUGUGGAAGGGCUUUCUAAACAUGCUGAGUGUGGCCAAGUUUAUGACAAAGGGCUACGUGGUGUCUGGAUCGGGCGAACUCCUCAAAUCGGAACUACCUGAUACCAUACAGAUUGGUGGACGCAUCCUGCCUCAAACUGUAUGGGAUUAUGUUGAGAGAUUGAAAACCUCAGUUACCAAGGAGCUCUGUGUGGUCCGCUUCCUCCCUGCCACUGAAGAAGAGGAGGUUGCCUACGUGUCCCUGUUCUCCUACUUUAGCAGCAGAAGGCGCUUCGGUGUGGUGGCUAACAGCACCAGCAACAUCAAGGACAUGUACCUGGUUCCGAUCGGUGCAAAAGAGGCCAUCCCAUCCAUUUUGCAACCUCUCGAAGGACCCGGUGUGUAAAUGCUUUAACUUGUUUUUUAAUUGUACCCUAACCCUAACCCUGUGUGUUAAAAACAUAGGAAAACAUAGGGUUUAUGUUGAAUGCUUAAAGUAUCAAUCUCGAAGAUUUUUUUGUUUUGAUCGCUUUGGUGAUAAGCUGUAAUCUUUCCCAGUGAUAAAAACAGUUUGGCCUCCAUCACCCAGUUCUUAAAACUACAAAUGCAAAGGCUUUUAUCUGUGGGGCAUAGGCUCAGUCACCAUUUGGUUAUGUUAUUCAGCGAUACAUCAUGAUUAAACCAACAUUUAUUUACAUGAAAAUCUUUGAAAUUGCCAAUUUGACUUCUAGCUAAAAUCUAUCAAUC